GAGCUCCCUAGGCUUCCACUGUCUCUGGCUGGGAGGGUGUCACUGGCCGGUCGCCUACUUUCCUCAGGUGAUCCUGGCCACAGCCUAUUUCCUGCGGCCGCCGGCGCACUUUAGUUGCAGUGCUCGAAGCGUCCCAGAGUCCCUCCGGAGCGGCAGAGGCGGGUCCAUGGAGAAAGGUCCGGUGCGGGCGCCGGCGAAGCCGCGGGGCGCCAGGUGCAGUAAUGGGUUCCCCGAGGGGGAGCCGCCGCGACCCGGACCGAGCGGGCUGGCCGAGAAGCCGCCGCGGCCGGAGACCAAGACCGUCCAGCCGGCCGACGGCUGGAAGGGCGAAAGGCCCCGCAGCGAGGAGGAUAAUGAGCUGAACCUCCCCAACCUGGCGGCCGCCUACUCGUCUAUCCUGCGCUCGCUAGGCGAGGACCCCCAGCGGCAGGGACUGCUCAAGACGCCGUGGAGGGCGGCCACGGCCAUGCAGUUCUUCACCAAGGGCUACCAGGAGACCAUCUCAGAUGUCCUAAAUGAUGCUAUAUUUGAUGAAGAUCAUGAUGAGAUGGUGAUUGUGAAGGACAUAGAUAUGUUUUCCAUGUGUGAGCAUCAUCUAGUUCCAUUUGUUGGAAAGGUUCACAUUGGUUACCUUCCUAACAAGCAAGUCCUUGGCCUCAGCAAACUUGCGAGGAUUGUAGAAAUCUAUAGUAGACGAUUACAAGUUCAAGAGCGGCUGACGAAACAAAUUGCCGUAGCAAUCACAGAAGCCUUGCGGCCUGCUGGAGUUGGGGUGGUGGUUGAAGCAACACACAUGUGUAUGGUAAUGCGAGGGGUACAGAAAAUGAACAGCAAAACUGUGACCAGCACGAUGUUGGGUGUGUUCCGGGAAGACCCAAAGACUCGGGAAGAGUUUCUAACUCUCAUUAAGAGCUGAACUUCAGUGUGUGUCGUGUGCUUUGAGGAUCGUGUCACUAAUAGCGUUGUUUGGUCUUAAUUGUUUGUACAUUCCAUUUUCAAUUGUUAACAGAUGUGAACUUUAUUCCUUGUCACUAAUGGUGUUUAAUAAUUAUUUAUAGCAAAUCAAAUAAAAAUAAUUAACAAA